GCUUCGAAAAUAUGUAACAAUGGAUGAUCUUUUAGAAGAGCUUUUCACAUCCCUUGACAACACAGUAAACAACCCACAACCAUUCACCGAUUGGUUAGAGGAAUUACGCCGCCAGGUUGGCGAAGAAUGUACUGCUUCUACAGCAGAUGUUGUACCGUCCGCCCGUUUAACUCCAGAUGCUGGAGAUCCUGACACCGACUAUCGUUGGCUGGACGAAUGGUGCCAGGAAGUGAAUGAAGCAAACCGUCAGGAACUUGAACGUACAGCUUCUACAGCAGUUGUUGUACCGUCCGCCACUUUAAAUGGGGAUGCUGAAGAACCUGACACCGACUAUCGUUGGCUGGACGAAUGGUGUAAGGAAGUCAAUGGGGCAAACCUUCAGGAAUUAGUUGAUUUCUCUACUACCAAUUGCGACAUUUUGGGAACGUACAUCGCCACGAACGAUGCGUUUUUGGCGGCGGCAGGCAGCAACAACAACGAUGCCGAGUUUUUUCAGCAGGACAUCAGCGUUUCCGAAUCCAUGCAUGAACUGGAACCCAUGGUUCUGGAUGAACCGGUCGCUGGGAGCAGUGCGCACGAAGUCUGGCCUACGAGCAGUGAAGCAGUGUGCUACAACUUUAGCACACCGCCGACCAUCACUAUCGUCGACCAAGGGACUGCCCCAGGGAACUGGGUAGCCGAAGCGGUCGCCAUGGCUUUCUUACACCCACCAACACCUGUGUGGAAGCGCACUAAUCAGAAAAUUGCCACCCACAUUCUAAUACCUCCCACGCUGCGCAAUGUGCCUUGGGAUGUGAGGGCGAAGAACCUUUUGAUGUUUUUUGGAGGGGACAUGGAUCCGGCCGGUUGGUUUAGCCAUGCGAUGCUGAUUUUCCUCACAAAGCGUAGCAUCCUGGAAAUCAGCCGCGGAGAAUUGCAGAUACUGCUGAAGUACCUCUUCAACGGAGGUUGGCAUAAGGAUGCGUUAAACUCGGUUAAAAGCUCUAACAGCAAAGAGGUCCCGUCACACCCGUAUCGGCGCUUCAGCCGCACCUUGCUGGCCUGGUACAGGGACUUUGCGGCUGGUAUGCAGUGUGAGAAGAAGUCGCGAACGGCGCACCUGACGUUGACCCGAAUUAGUCACUUUAAUUCUUACGAAGGUUGUGUUAAUAUAAACUUGGCUGCUGUUGAAUCAUUACUAAAGCAGCGGGAAAAACUCGCUGUUCUAGUGCCAGAAAAUAUAGAAGUUCCUGAGAUGAUUUAG